AUGAGUUUGUUUAUAUUGGACGACAUGAUUGUCGACGAAUCAAGUGAAUCCCAUGAAAAUAAACGAGUGAAAAUCACUACUGCUUGUGAUACUUGUCGUAGGAGAAAAGUUAAAUGCGACGGGGCUUCUCCGUGUGCUAAUUGUUCAAGAGGAGGAUAUCAAUGCACCUUCUCUGAUGCUUCAACAAAAAGACCGAGAGGACCUCCUAAAGGAUUCGUGGCGUUAAUAGAGGAUAGACUUCACACGAUAGAAUCUCUUUUGGUUAACCUUGUUAAUAAGGACAAUAUUAAUGAAAAUAAUAAGGAAAUAAAACGAGAAAGAGAGCAAAUCAUUGAUGAAACCACGACGACGACGACAAAUACUCGACAAAGAUUUUCAACUUUUAAAAUUCGUCAUUAUUCACCAACGACACCUACAAAUUCUCAACCUCAUCAUUUAUUCAUACCAUCAACUCCACCA